AUGCACAACUACUCCAAGACGUCUUGUCAAGACAUCAUGAAGGGUUCCCGCUUCUACACGAUCAUCGCCAACCCGCGCAACCUGAUCCACCGCACGGCCACCAACAAGACUGCCAAUGUCAAUAAAGGCAAUCAGAUCAAGGCAGGUAAGAAGGUGAUGAAGAAAGAAAGCAGCGCGAAAGCUUCUUCCAGCGCGGCAGCAUCUUCAAGCGGCGAAGAUAAGGGCCACGGUACAAAACAACAGGACAGCGAGGAGGGCUCCAACAGCGAAGAGUCCACAAAGGUCAAGAAGGCCUCAAGGGGCAAGAAGCGUGCUCGCGAAGAGACCUUCCUUGCAGAGGAUCCAGCGGGCCAACCACCUCGCAAGAAAGCGCCUGCGAAGAAGCGUAGCGGCGCAUGA